AUGGCGGUCAAUGCAAUCAGUAUUACAAACAUGGACGUCACCACGGGCCUAGUGUUUAUUAUGGUCUUUCUGUUGGUUUAUAAGCUAUCCAGAAAACAAUCCGAUCAGUCGAAGAAGCUGCCACCUUGUCCAUCCUUCUCUCUGCCAAUCGUUGGUCAUCUGCCAUUACUGGCCAAGAGAGACUUGUUGGAGACGCUGACGUUACAAAGACAAAAACUCGGAGACAUCUACCGCCUGGAAAUCGGGAGCACCACGGUAGUUGUUAUCAGUAGUUAUCGUCUGUUACAUGCUGCCUUCAUCAAGAACGCCAACAUCUUCUCAGAUCGUCCACACACAGUCUUCCUGGAAUUAUGUAAAGACAACGGCGUAAUUCUUCUGAACGGACAAAAAUGGAAGGAGCAAAGACAAAUGAUUCUGAAAAACUUCAGAUAUUUCUGUGCGAGAACGACAAUAUUAGAGAAUAUCAUCCAUAAACAAAUCCGCCGUUUCCAUGACAACAUUGCUGCGCUUGAUGGUAACGCUGUGGAUCCCAAACAACUUCUGAAUGAGGCCAUUUCCAGCGUGGUAGGAGAGGUCAUGUUAGGGAAAGUAUUGGAUGCAGAUUCUGUCGAGUUCAAAAACUAUGUAGAUGAUCACAACGAUAUCGUCCAUUCAACUGCGAAAGCCGUUAUCCUGGACUUCUUCCCGUUCCUACGAUACCUCCCAGUGGAUCUGGUCAGACAUGCUACAGUAGAAGAUUUGUACCACAAAACAACGUCCUUUGUACGGAGAAUGAUUAAAGUGAGGCUACAGUUGGGUCUGGGAGAAGGGGAGCCACGGGAUCUCAUGGAGGCAUACCUAAGAAAAAAUAGCUCUGAACCAGACGAGGAACAGGUAAUCCAGACUGUGUCUGACAUGUUCGCAGCAGGACUUGAGACUACAGUAAGCACCCUCCGCUGGGCUUUGGUUUAUCUCACCCAGUACCCGGAUAUCCAGUCACGUCUACAGCAGGAGGUAGACCAUGCUCUACCACCAGGGACUGUUCCAUCCAUGGCGGACAAGCAGGCAAUGCCAUACGUGGAGGCAUUCGUUAUGGAACUUCUCCGACAUUCGGAUGUUGCGCCGAUCGGACUUCUUCAUUCAGCUAACUGUGAUACAUAUCUUGACGGAUACUUUAUACCAAAAGGAACAACUAUUAUUCCAAACAUUGACUCUGUACUAAAAGACCCAGACAAUUUCGAAAAUCCCCACGAAUUCAAACCAGAACGUUUUAUAGAUGCAGAAGGGAAAGUUUUCAAACCGGAGACUUUUAUUCCAUUCUUCUUCGGAAAACGAUUGUGUAUCGGUGAGCAGAUCGCUCGGACGAACCUGAUGCUGUUCCUGACCUCCCUAAUGCAGCACUACACGGUGUGUCGUGGCGACACAGAACAAGUUCGUGGAGCCUUGAAUAUCACUUACUGUCCCAGCGACUUUAAAGUCUGCUUUCACAAGCGUGACAUCACUGGCUAAGGUAUGAUAUAAGACUGUUUUGCAGUAUCGGAUCUGGUAAAUUCUCCAAGCUGCUGGCAAAUACGUCAUGUUCCCUUUGGUAUCUGUAAGAGCAAGAUGUGUAGUGUUGGCAGUCACUUUUAUUAUACGACAGGAGAAUACCCAAAUAAGCAAUUGCCUAGUGAGAUUAAAAUAAAAAAACAACAAGAAAUUACCAAUGGCGGUGGAUUACAUCUAACAAUUAGUUUGUAGAAAUAAGAGUAGCCUGUAGUGGCACCAAUAGCGGUGUUUUCCCUUUUAACACAGUUCUCAAUUGUAAAAGUAUCCAAAACUCAAUUAAAUCUAAACACACGUUAAAGAAUACUCAUUGUCCGUUAUUGGUAGUCUAGUAAUAAAGUAUAUAUAUAAGAACUGUUAAGUGUUUUGACUGGAGCCGAAAUAAACUUAUUUAUUACUACAAA